CCAGGCCAGAGGCGGCGGUAGUGAGCUCCGCUCCGCUUGGAUGUUUGCACUCCCCCGCCACCCGUAGGAGUGGCCCAAAUGUUUCGACAUCGCCUCACCCGGCGUGAACGACAACAGCCAAGCUAGAUGGUACUUCGACUGGGCAGCUAACGUUAGGGAUUUGUAUUUCAAAGAGGAUACAUCUAUUUAUCUCUCACCGUGGAGCCAGACCGCGCCACCAUGGCUCUUUACGAAUACGUCACUCAGGAGCAGCUCGCGGGCUUCGACAAAUACAAGUACAGCGCAGUGGACUCGAAUCCCCUGUCUGUCUACGUCAUGCACCCGUUCUGGAACUUUGUGGUGAAGUUUCUGCCAACAUGGUUGGCUCCAAACCUCAUUACGUUUACAGGCUUCAUGUUCCUUGUGUUGAACUUCCUUAUGUUGGCCUUCUACGACUUUGACUUCACUGCCUCUGCUGCAGGACAUGAACACGUGCCUAGUUGGGUCUGGGUUGCUGCAGGGAUCUUCAACUUCUUGGCCUAUACACUCGAUGGUGUUGAUGGUAAACAGGCUCGUCGCACCAACUCCUCCACCCCACUAGGGGAGCUGUUUGACCAUGGCCUGGACAGUUGGGCUUGCAUCUUCUUCGUGGCCACCGUGUACUCCAUAUUCGGGCGUGGGGAAAGCGGCGUAGGUGUCGCCACACUCUACUACAUCCUGUGGGUGGUGCUCUUCUCAUUCAUUCUAUCCCACUGGGAGAAAUAUAACACGGGCAUCUUGUUUUUGCCGUGGGGAUACGACGUCAGCCAAGUGACCAUCUCCCUCGUUUACUUGGUCACUGCUGUGGUCGGCGUGGAAACAUGGUACCAGCCAAUCCUGUUGCACUUCCUCUAUAGAGACCUUUUCACCUUCAUGAUCAUCGCCUGUUCCUUUACCGUGACCUUACCCAUGAGCCUCUACAACGUCCUGAAAGCUCACCGCAGUAACACUCUGAAGCACAGCAGCCUGUACGAAGCCUUCCUGCCCUUCCUCUCUCCUGUCCUCCUCUUCAUCCUGUCCACAAUUUGGGUGGUCUACUCUCCAUCCAACAUCCUCGAGCUGCAGCCCAGGACAUUCUACCUCAUGGUGGGGACAGCCUUCGCUAAUGUCACGUGUAAGCUGAUUGUGUGUCAGAUGAGUAACACGCGUUGCCAGGCGCUCAGCUGGCUGCUGCUGCCCAUGACGCCGGUGGUGUUGUUGGCGGUGACCGGGGUGUUCGCUAACGAGACCCUACUGCUUUAUCUGUGGACAGCUGCUGUCAUACUAGCACACAUACACUACGGUGUAUCAGUGGUACAACAGCUCAGCGGCCACUUCAACAUCCUCGCCUUCUCCCUGAAAAAGCCCAACAGUGACUGACAGGAGGAGGAAGAACGAAUCGGCUUGAAAGAAGCGGAGGUUUAAGCUCCUCCACUCCUCUGCUUAUCGACACUUCACUCUCAUCACCACGGAAACCACAUCCCCUCCCUGCUAUCCAUGAGGACACUGCAAGUGGAAUAGACUGUGGCCCUCUUUUUCCACUGUCCCCCAAACAUACACACACACAACUCACACAACUCACACAACUCGCACACGGUCCCUAACCAACCAACCAAACUCUGGUCUCUGCGAUGGGGCGGGCCCAGGGGCUCUGGCUUCCGUCAUUAGUGAUUGGCUAACUUGGUUGAGCCAAUGAGGUGCAAUUGUUUCCUACGGAAAUGUGCUUCAGUCGAGAGGACAGGAGCCACGCAAACACACACACACACACACAUAUAUAUAUAUACGAUACACACAUGUACAUACAUUAUUCUGCUUUCAUGCAGAUCAUUUGUAUCUCGUGGCAGUUAUUUCAAAUGCAAACACAGCCACACACACAAACAAGCAGAACAACAGAACAGCACUCACAUAGUAUUAUGAAUGUAUGAUAUGCCUUGGGGAAACGUCAUUUAAGUUUUAUUAUAUUAACAGGAAUGCCUCAAGUUUCAAAUGUGACCCAGCCUCUAAAUUCUGGCCAGAUGUGGCUCUUGCAUCCACAGCUGUGUCCAGAGUUUAGAGGUUUAGUCACUUUUUUUUUUUUUUUUUUUUAUCAUCGGAUGAUUUUCAGUUUGAAAUUCCAGUGAUCAAUGUUAAUAGCUACUGUAUAUACUGUAUGUGUGAAGGGGUUUGGGGCAUUUUAUUUUCAAACUGAAAUGAAACUUAAAAAAGAAAAAGAUGAUUACUCCUGUAAAACAUUGUAUAAAUCCCCCCUCUAAUUAAUGCCACACUCUGCUCUGAGGUGACACUUGAUUUUAACUAACCAGGGCAAGAAUUUACCAGGGUGACCUCUGACCUUUUGAACUUUACUAAGCCUCCACUUUGACCUCUGUCUGAGCACUGGCCUCGCAGCUCUCCCUUUCCUCUGAGGUGUCGUGUCUUCAUGCUGAUUCGUUCUGUUUUUAUUUUUUAACAUAUUUUUUAUAUAUAU